UAGUUAGAGCCUCUAGCAGGCAUGAUCUGGUUUGUCAGAAAAUAUGCACAGUCAUGAACGAUAUGCGGGGUGAGCUGAGGUGACCAUCGACUGCAGAAUGGGGCGAUGCGCCGGCCGUUUGGCCCCAUCCGCCCCCACUGACCUGUCAGCAACUGACCUGCGAUUACAGCGGACAUCACUGUGAGUCUCAUAUGAGUUUGAACCUGCACAGCUCAGUCUUUUGCGGUAGAACCAAAUCUAUAAAGAGGCCCAGUCUGCCGCUUCGAAAUCAAAACAUCAACCAAGCUCACAGAUCACUCCAACAGGCAGACUUCGAACAAUCAGAUUCCGACUUCAGUCACUCAACCAAAACCAGCCCCCUUCCAUCCAUACCUACUCUUUAACACUCGCCAAAAUGGUCAGCACCAAGCUCUACGACACUGUCAUGGGAGGCAGCGACCCCAAAGAUGUUAACUACUCCCUGGAAACCAUCAAGGGUCUGCUGGGAGAGUUCAAGGCAAUGGACAGCGAUAACGAUGGAUUGGUCGACUUGGACGUGCUUAAGCAGGCAUACGGUGAACAAGGUGCCGCCGCCUUCGAGGAGUUCUUCGAUUCUACUCUCGACAAGCAGGUCUCCUUCACUGAGUUCACCUCUGCCUUCAUCUUCGUGCAGCGUGCCUCUGGGUACCCCAACAAGGCUUGAUAGGGGUAUACAGCGCCAUGGAUGACGGUUCAGGAUCGGCGUACCUGAUACACAUCAGUGGCUUUCCGACUGUUGCUUCCUUUACAUCUCGAAUUUUGUUAGUUCUGGUCUUCUAGCGAGUGGUUUCUAUUAAGAAGCAAAUGUGGGCAAAGAUAGAAUUAUUGCAUAGCAUCAAAAUGGCACAAAUAGCUUUGCUUUUUGUCUAUUUAGUGUUCGAUCUUUGAGACUGUAUACCUCUAUGCUACCCAGUAGCGAUAUGAGUGUGUAGAAUGCUGUAAAUUGAGAAAGAGUAUUAAAAUUAUUCGGACAGGCGCCUUUCUUUUCCCCUGCGCCUGCUGUAUCGUUCUAUCAUUACACCAGGCACAGAAUUCGUGUUGUGUAGAUCAAUCGCGGAUGGUCACAGCGUACAGUGCAUACAAUGCAUGGGAAGCAAAACUGUACGAUUCUUCGAGAGAGAAGAAAUGACAGUAGCAUUCGUGCGACCGUGCUCACCAAAAACCACUUGUA